UCGCUUGUCAUCUUGGCGGCAUUAACGGAUAUUGCCCGCCCUCAUGAACUCCGGCCAAAUCAACAUGGGGCCACCUCAUUUGCGUUCAAUGAACUUGCGGUUAAGACAUUUCACAUGAUGUUGAAUUGUGUUCGUCUUGUGAUUUCCUCUGAUCUAAGUACUGUAGAUGGACUGUCUAUUUAUCGGUAAUAUAUGACAUAUAACACGAGUUUUAUAUGUGUGUCAAUAGAGCGUGAUUGUCACAUCGUUGCAAGUCUUAACAAAUCGUACUAUAUUUUUGUUUCCGGUUGAUGCAAUUGUUUGCAAAGCAGGCAUAAACACCUUGUUGAGGGAAAUACUGAAACUCGCUAAACAUCAUAGAGCACUACAUCAAAUCUAGAAAUUUUUUGGAGCUCUAACGAAGUCAUGCAAAUUAAGACGACUACUGAGGUUUUGUCGACAACUUUCUGUUGUUUAUCAAUUUGUGGUUGCUUUACGAUUUUUUUUGCGCAUAAAUUCUGGCGUGAUGUUCAGUCGAAGUCGAGAGAUAUUUUACUUUACAUCACAAUCGCCGAUUUCUGUACGGCAACGGGUUAUCUCUUGAACCUCGUCGCCGACUGGAAAUACAUCUGUGUCGUACAAAGUUUCAUCACGACAACAUCAAGUAUUGUGAGUUUUUUCUGGACGUCUUGUAUGGCCUUGUUUCUUCACGCUGUAUCCGUAAAUGCAAACCAAGAUCUUGGGAAACGUCUUAUUUUUAUAUUUCACUGCAUUGCCUGGCCUCUGCCCGUUUUGAUUUGCAUCAUAGCUUUAGCUUUGAACAAACUCGGUCCAUCAUGCGCUGGAACGGUAGAUUGGUGUUGGAUCAAGGAAACAUCUUGCAAAAAUGCUACGGACGAAACUCCUAGGUCUGAAACCGUGCUUUGGAUGCUGUUGGCGGGAAAAUUUUGGGAAAUUUUCACUUAUAUUAUUAUUGUUGUCGUAUAUACUCGUAUUUAUUUCUAUGUGCGAGAGGAAAGGAAAGUGGUUGAGGAUCAUGCAACUACCAUGGCCAUUGCACGCUUUCGUGCUGUUGAGAUGCGAACCAUUUUGAUACCUAAGUUUUUAGUUUUGUUCGUAUAUGGGGGACGCUGCAGUUCUUCGUCUUUGCCAUCACAGGAAGAACGAGAACGCCUGCUUUGGAAAUUCUACAGGCAAUGGGUGAUCCAUCGCAAGGUUUUGUCAAUGCGAUCCUCUUUUGCCUUAUAGCGGAUAAACUCCGCUUUGUUAUUCAAAAAUGUCUCGCGAAAGAUGGCAAUGAACGAGUAAGACUAUUGGAUGAACAAGAAAGAAUACAGAAUCUUCCAAAGGGUGUUAAAUCACCUAUUUGAUGUAUUUCAUUGAUUCGUAAACAAUAUAUUGCAUAUUGAAGCAAAUAUUGUGGUAAAUAAUUUUUCAAAGUGUGAAUGUCCUCAUAAAGAUUGAUCAAGUGUGGAAAAGGCAUUGAACUCAAUGACACUGGACCAUUACUUCCGCCCAUAUUUUUUUAGCCAGCAAUUCAACUAGUGGCAUUCCUUCCUCGUACCAGCACGACGAAAAGUUCAAAUUUAUAACGAGGAAUUAGCGAAAACAAUUGUUUCUAAGGGCGAAAUUUGCCUUCAUGCGAGUACAGGCAAGUUUUCCUAAAGAUAGCCUUCCAGUUUAUUUAUAUUCAAUUAAAUUGGAAAAAGUCGACACGUUCAGGCUACUUUUUUGUGUUGUUUUUGACUGUCUUGGGCUUAUGAUGGCCACAAGCAAAUGAGAUGUGUUUAACCUCUUUGUUUUCGUGUUGAGCGUACAAUUAAAGAGAACGAUUCAUGUGAUGUAUGUAUAUACAGCUAAGUAUCCCCUAUGUUAUUUGUUCAUCUCGCGCAAUACUACGGAAGACUGGGCACGAUCAUGGCAGAAAAUUUUGUGUUUAAAAGUCCCAUUUUCAGUAAUAAUUUCGUAUUAACACCCGGCAUUGAUCUACGAACCUAAACUUAAUCCUUAAUCGUAUAGUACCAAGCUAUGGCCGACAUAUUGGUUAGAGAGAUCAGAUUAUGAAUCAUUUUUGCGUAUUUUUAGAACACGGUGUUAUUACCGUUUUCGCGAUGUAUUUUAAGGCUUUUAAUUUUGCAAAAUGUACGAAAUGUAAAUAGUCGAAACGAUCGUCAAUUAGUUGAAAUUAAAUACAAUUAUUACAUUAAAAGUAUUUUAAUUUGAACUUGUAAAAUUUCAUUGCUCUUGACUUGACAUACUUUGUCUUUAUUGUUCUUGUUUAUUCCAAUAUUUGCUCAAUCUUUAUUUUAUCGUCCGUUUAGCUGUA